CAUGGAAGUACGGGAUGGUUCAACCGUAGAGUUGCUGCGAAAUACUGCUUUGCGACCGAUAGUUUAGCGAGCGAUCGAUCGAGAUUAGCAAAUGCUCUUUUCUUCCCAAGGUACCUAACCUAGUCAAUUCGCAAACAGGUUUCACCCUCACUAUUUUCCCACUUCACCAUUCGACCUUCCGAUUCGAACGGCAGCUCAACCAACCCCCCGGGACGAUGUAACACCAUGGAGUUCGACGGACAGGAUUCGGGCCCUAUACCGCUUGCCACCUCGCAAGCUAGCUCGCACUUUCCCCUGCUGGAGCCGGUGUCGGGCGCGAUGCUAUUCGAGCUCGAGACCGCGAGGCGUGCAGGGCUGAGGCGUCGCGGAGCGCUGAAGACCGGGUCCGCCGAGAUCGACGAGAGCGUGCUGUUAGGCGGCUUCGAGCGCGGGCAAGUGGCUGGUGUUAGUGCUGAGGAGGCGGAGUUUGGGGUUCUGGUCGGACUGCACACCGUAGCACAUGCUACGGUCUUCGGCGCCGCGCGGAAAGCGACUAUUAUUACUACGCUGGCGCCUGCGGCUAUCCUGCCUAUGCUAAGGGAUGUCAUCAGGGUGCAGGUCCAGGCUAAGUUCGGCCCGGCUGCGGCUCAUAGGCAGCAGGAGGUGAAUGCAGAAGUGAGACGUUGUCUAGAAUUGAUAUCUGUCUCGAGGGUCUUUGAUGUCGAGGGCUUGUGGGAGGUUAUUAGUGAGAUUGAGACGCCUCCUUCGCCUUCUCCUCCUAGUCCUUCGGUGACAGCUAGUGCAAAGGAGGAAAGAGAGUUGGGAGGUGGUGUGUCUGCUAUGAACGAAGUGCCAACUCUGCAAAUAUCAGGGAGUCCAAGACUAUCUUCCCAAAGACCAGCCGAAAAAGUUGGGAGCGAGGCGGCACCGAAGAUUCCUAUUCUCCCUUCUCUACGAUCACCUCCUAGGAUAGAGAGAACGGAGGUAGGAGAUAGCGAGGACGAUGAAGAUGAAGAGCUUAGCUUGUCUUCGUCGUCGUCACCGGCACAAAAACUAUCUACGCCGUCUCCUAGGCCUCCAUCUUCACAUCCACCCAUACCCUCAGCACCUUCACCAUCGCCUCCCGCCGCACCAACUACUUCUUCUCCGACAAAAGCGCCAACACCUACAAACAAACAGGAAGAACCCUCCCAUAUCCCCGACAUAAUCCUAAUAACGCACUUCUCCACCCUUCUCACAAACCUCUUCACCCGCUCCGCCGACAACAAAACCGGCGCGCACACCACCCUGCAGCUGCUCUCCUCGCACCUACGGUACCUGUCCCGAUCCGCAGCCGGACCGCUCAUCAUGCUCCUCAACACCACAUCCACCACAUCCACCUCCUCAUACUCAUCCACCACCACAACUCCAAAUGCCCCGCAUCCACAUACUACCACGGCGUCGAAAACCCGUUCUUUAGAACCGACGCUACGCUCUAUAUUCAACUCAGGCCCGGCGAAACGCGGAGGCGGAGACGGAAACGCCAGACGUCAUACCUAUACCACAAAACCCGCCUUCGGCGCCACCUUCGCGCAGUUCCUCGACCUGCACCUCCUCUGCACACGUAUUCCGCGCACGCGGUCCGACGCCGAGACCCUAUUUGCUCCGGGGGGAGAUAGCAACAACAACAGCAACACGUCUAUCGGCGCGGGUGAAGCGAGGUAUAGUUGGGUAGUCGAAGUACUGCUCGACGAGCUCGGGGUCUGGGAGUGGGAUAACAACGACGAUGGCAACGACGACGGCGGUGACGAAAUGGAUAAGAAAGACGGUGCGAUGACGACGUGGACGAGGAGGAGGAGCCGCGAGCAGCGCUGGGGCGCGGUGGAUGUGCGCUCGGGCGUGAGACUCGUCGAUGCGUCGUUUCGGCGAGCGACGCGGAUUCAGGGGCCUGUGAGGCUCGCUGCUGGGUUUGGAGGACCGCCUUCGAGGGGUUUGUGAUGUGUGGAACUAUGUACGUCCGUGCUAAGGUUACUGAAGAAUCACGAAGGAAUGUUGAGAGUGGACUUCCGAUAUGGCAUGAUGACGCGAUGCUGGCUGCUUAUUUUGCUCUACCUAAACAAAUGCAAGACACCUUGUCCUGUUCCAUGUUGGUA